AAAACUGUAGCAAAUAUUGUUUUAACUAGUUGCGUUCAAAAUCUGCUACAAUGAGGUGGUUGUUGUUUCUUUCAGUGCUCACCGUUGGGCUUUAUAGAUGCGCAAUAACUUCUGACGUAAUUAAAGAGGAACAUAACGUACUUUUUGAAAGUGGUAAACAUGGACUUCUAGCAUUUGUACCAUCAAGAAAGAGAGUAACCCGUGAGAUUGGUGGGGCGGGUAGCAAAUUACCGCAUAUAGAAAAUAGAAUAAAAGAGCUGUGUGCCAACGACAAGCGACUUAAUGAUUCUAUGGCGACCAUGAAAACAUGUCUGAAGAAAAAACCAGUAUUUCUGACCCCGAGGGACGAAUUUAUUGAAAAUAUUGAUCACUGUAGCGUGGAAACUAGGAACGAGUUGCGAAAAUGCUUGCCAGAGAAAUUAAGGUACUUUCCGGACUUCUUUUUCAACCUGGUGGACUCUGUAGUGAAGUUGCUGUACGAUGAUUUCGGUGAAAUUGCAAGGGGAUUAGCUCCUUGCGUAUCGAAACUGAACGAAGAACCAAGUAAAACUAAUUAUGAAAAAUGCCUAAAAAGUACUGGGGAAGAUAUUCAGGAAGAAAUCCUAGAAUCGAAAGAAAAAUUUUGUGGCAAAUUUCUGGAGGCCGCAAACUGUUUUAUUAAGCAGCUCAAUGACACGUGUACUACCAACGAGGAUCUAGAAAAAUUCAAAAAGGAUUAUAUUGCGGCUGUAAAGCGUCCUUGCAAAUAAAUUAUCGGUACGCAAUAGCUAUUCUGUGUUAAUAACGUAGAUUUUUUUGUUAAUAAUGUUAUAAUACACAAAUAAAAGCAAGUGUACCAUUUGUUUAA